AGCACAGUGUGAAGCCAGUGCAGCGUCUCGCUUCCACUUCUCCAGGGGGCGCUGCAAAGAUUUUGGUCGCCAGAGGUAUCACGGUGCGCGCGUCUGGAAGCAUUUCCGCUCUGGAGCAUUUUCGUUCCGCCGGGUGCCAGCGUUCCUGUGACGCGUUUCCUGUUGGCCGAGCUGCGCACGUGCGGCCGGAAGGGAAGUAACGUCAGCCUGAGAACUGAGUCCUGUACUGUGUGGCGCCUUAUUCUAGGCACUUGUUGGACAGAAUGUCUCACCUGCCGAUGAAACUCCUGCGUAAGAAGAUCGAGAAGCGGAACCUCAAAUUGCGGCAGCGGAACCUAAAGUUGCAGGGGGCCUCAAAUCUGACCCUAUCGGAAACUCAAAAUGGAGAUGUAUCUGAAGAAACAAUGGGAAGUAGAAAGGUUAAAAAAUCAAAACAAAAGCCCAUGAAUGUGGGCUUAUCAGAAACUCAAAAUGGAGAUGUGUCUCAAGAAGCAGUGGAAAAUAUAAAAGUUAAAAAGUCUCUCCAGAAAUCCACUGUAUUAACCAAUGAAGAAGCAGCAAUGCAGUCUUCCAAUUCAGAAUCAAAAAAGAAAAAGAAGAAAAAGAGAAAAAUGGUGAAUGAUGCUGAGCCUGAUACGAAAAAAGCAAAAACUGAAAACAAAGGGAAAUCUGAAGAAGAAAGUGCCGAGACUCCUAAAGAAACAGAAAAUAAUGUGGAGAAGCCAGAUAAUGAUGAAGAUGAAAGUGAGGUGCCCAGUCUGCCCCUGGGACUGACAGGAGCUUUUGAGGAUACUUCGUUUGCUUCUCUAUGUAAUCUUGUCAAUGAAAACACUCUGAAGGCAAUAAAAGAAAUGGGUUUUACAAACAUGACUGAAAUUCAGCAUAAAAGUAUCAGACCACUUCUGGAAGGCAGGGAUCUUCUAGCAGCUGCAAAAACAGGCAGUGGUAAAACCCUGGCUUUUCUCAUCCCUGCAGUUGAACUCAUUGUUAAGUUAAGGUUCAUGCCCAGGAAUGGAACAGGAGUCCUUAUUCUCUCACCUACUAGAGAACUAGCCAUGCAAACUUUUGGUGUUCUUAAGGAGCUAAUGACUCACCACGUGCAUACCUAUGGCUUGAUAAUGGGUGGCAGUAACAGAUCUGCUGAAGCACAGAAACUUGCUAAUGGGAUCAACAUCAUUGUGGCCACACCAGGCCGUCUGCUGGACCAUAUGCAGAAUACCCCAGGAUUUAUGUAUAAAAACCUGCAGUGUCUGGUUAUUGAUGAAGCUGAUCGUAUCUUGGAUGUGGGGUUUGAAGAGGAAUUAAAGCAAAUUAUUAAACUUUUGCCAACACGUAGACAGACUAUGCUCUUUUCUGCCACCCAAACUCGAAAAGUUGAAGACCUGGCAAGGAUUUCUCUGAAAAAGGAGCCAUUGUAUGUUGGCGUUGAUGAUGAUAAAGCGAAUGCAACAGUGGAUGGUCUUGAACAGGGAUACGUUGUUUGUCCUUCUGAAAAGAGAUUCCUUCUGCUCUUUACAUUCCUUAAGAAGAACCGAAAGAAGAAGCUUAUGGUCUUCUUUUCAUCUUGUAUGUCUGUGAAAUACCACUAUGAGUUGCUGAACUACAUUGAUUUGCCCGUCUUGGCCAUUCAUGGAAAGCAAAAGCAAAAUAAGCGAACAACCACAUUCUUCCAGUUCUGCAAUGCAGAUUCGGGAACACUAUUGUGUACGGAUGUGGCAGCGAGAGGACUAGACAUUCCUGAAGUCGACUGGAUUGUUCAGUAUGACCCUCCGGAUGACCCUAAGGAAUAUAUUCAUCGUGUGGGUAGAACAGCCAGAGGCCUAAAUGGGAGAGGGCAUGCCUUGCUCAUUUUGCGCCCAGAAGAAUUGGGUUUUCUUCGCUACUUGAAACAAUCCAAGGUUCCAUUAAGUGAGUUUGACUUUUCCUGGUCUAAAAUUUCUGACAUUCAGUCUCAGCUUGAGAAAUUGAUUGAAAAGAAUUACUUUCUUCAUAAGUCAGCCCAGGAAGCAUAUAAGUCAUACAUACGAGCCUAUGAUUCCCAUUCUCUGAAACAGAUCUUUAAUGUUAAUAACUUAAAUUUGGCUCAGGUUGCUCUGUCAUUUGGUUUCAAGGUGCCUCCCUUCGUUGAUCUGAACGUCAACAGUAAUGAAGGCAAGCAGAAAAAGCGAGGAGGUGGUGGUGGAUUUGGCUACCAGAAAACCAAGAAAGUUGAGAAAUCCAAAAUCUUUAAACACAUUAGCAGGAAAUCAUCCGACAGCAGGCAGUUCUCUCACUGAAGACAUGCCUUCCUUUCAUCUUGAAUAACUUUGUCCUAAAAUGAAUUUUUUUCCCCCUUGAUUUAACAGGAUUUUUGUAGACUUUAGAAUUUGGACUUACCUAACAAGAGUAUAGAUUGACUUGGGUUGCAAGCACUGAGCACUGUUACUUCUAUCAAGUCUCUCUUUUAUGUCUGGGAUAUAAAACAGGCUUUAAGUUUCUUGGUUGCCCAAGGGCAGAGCAAGGAAUAUCUGGUGUUUCUUGUGAUGAUAAUAUUUUAAUUUUAAAUAUCCCUCCCUCAUACAAGUGUAUGUUACCAUUUUAGUAUAAUUCUUUUUGUACCUUUCCUUCUUGUUUUGUGAAGAUUUUUGUGGCAUGGAUUGCUGUGCUCACUGCUGUAAAAGGUGACCUAGUGUACUGGGCAGCUGGUGGCAGUGCAGAAAAGAGUCUCAGGUUAUUUUUUGUUUUUAGUUAUUUCUUGGACCUUGACAGUAUCUAAUGACUCCUCCUGAAAAUGCUGCAGUAUAAAAGAGCAAAGAGCUUUGGGAAAUACCUAAGAAGCACCUUAAGAUUAGGGUGACAUUGCUUUUAUAGAUUCUUGAUUUUAAAGCAACAGGCCUUUCUCAGGUGUUUCAUUUUUUGGAGCAAAAACUAUGGGUUGUAAUUUGAAUAAAGUGUCACUAAGCAGUUACAACAUUUGAUGGCUGGGGGGUAGGAAGAGGAUGGAAUUGAGAUGUUUGAGCCUCAUUUACAUCAAUAGAGGUGUAAAAUGUACUGCGUUUCUUCAUUUGGUAACAUAACAAAGACUUUAAAAACACAUAUACAAAGAAUGAUGAUGCUCCUCAUUAAGAUUUGUUUAAUUCAAGGUGGUUUGGAUUUGGUAAGCCUUUGCACUCUGUAGAGUACUUAGAAGACAAGGGCAACUUACUUGGAGUUAGAGCCAAGCCGUCAGACAGUGCCCAGCACACAUUAAUGUUAGCUUCUUUCUGAGAAAAAAGUUCCUCUUCCAGGCCCUGAAACAAAAAAUACAUUUGCUGUGAAGAUUGAAAAUGAACAAAGUUAGAAAAAAAACAGCAAAAUCAGUGAUUUAGUCAGAUGAGUUUUUCGUUGUAGGAGCCCUUGAUUUCUAGUGUGUUUUGUACAGUAUAUAACUACAAGGUAGUACAUUUUGUAGCAGUUCAAAGCCAAAGUUGCUAGCAUCAUUUUUCUGUUGUGCCAGUUAAUCAUAGGAUCCCAUUAAAUAAGUGUGCUAACAUCUAAUAUAGAGAAAACUGGUAAAGAACAUUCCAGUAGGAAAAGAAAAGAACAAUCUUCCAUUUCUGGGCUUGGCCACCAUCACCCUGGUCGGACCUGUCCUGGACUUCCAACCUUGACUGCUGAGCUCCUGGCUUAGCUUCUUGGGUUCCUAAUUCCUGGUGUUUAAUAAUUCUCUCCAGGAUCAUGUUUUUCUGAUUUUUUUUUUCAGAAGUAAUGUUUUUUAAAAGACAAAAACAAAGGGAAGAAUAUUUAAUUAUUGAGCAGAAGUAAAUACUGUUGGUAUUUUGUACAUAAUCUAAUUUUUAUAUGCAUGUUCAUGCUUUUUAAUUUUUUUAUCAAAAAUUAAGUCAUCUACCUACUACUUGUAACCAGCUUGUUUCAUAACAUGUUAUUUUCCUGUGUCAUUAAAUAAGUAAUGUUGUA